AUGGGGCAGAAGCUGGGUCUUCCUCUCACCUUGCCUCAGAGGUGGGCCCCCCUGGGACUCAGGGUGUGCCUCCAGCACCCCUCUCCAGGCCUGGCCCCGCUUCAGGAACCUCUGAUAGACCCUCUCACCUGUUCUGCUGGCUUCCUCUGGUGGCGGCACCCGCCUCCCCCAGCCCCAGGCCCUGCAAGCCUGAGGCCCCCAGGGACGGGAGUUGAACGGAAAUGCUGCAGCUGGGGCCGUCCCGACCUGCCCUGUGCCCUAGGGCUCGGGACACUGCUGGCCCUGCCGGGGGUCCUGGGCUCGGGCGGCAGUGCCGAGGAUGGUGAGGGUCCCAACUCCGUCACUGUCCUGCUGCUGCUGCUGCUGUUGCUGCUGCUGGCCGCCGGCCUGGCGCUGGCCUGGUGCCGCCUCAGCCGGGACUCGGGGGGCUACUACCACCCGGCCCGCCUGAGCGCCGCGCUGUGGGGCCGCACCCGCCGCCUCCUCUGGGCCAGCCCGCCGGGCCGCUGGCUCCGGGCUCGGGCCGAGCUGGAGUCGCCCGACGAGGACCCCGAGCAGCCGCAGGACACGCAGGAUGUGGAAGAGGACUACCACCUGGCCGGCGGCCUGGAGGAGGCAGAGUCCCUGGAGGAGGAGCAGCAGGCAGGAGAGGGGCCCGGCCCCCAGCAGGCCCCAGAGCCAGCUGACGAAGCACAUGACAAUAACAUCGAAGCGGGCCUGGGCCUCAGAUCCCAGGGGCCAGCGGGCUCAGGGGGCAGCGCUGAGGCCCUGCUGAGCGACCUGCACGCCUUCGCCGGCAGCGCGGCCUGGGACGACAGCGCCGAAGCGGCGGGGGGCCAGGGCCUCCACGUCACCGCUCUGUAAGAGCCAACGGGGUGGUCCACCCCCGUCACCGUACCCCUGUGUCCCAAGCUGUCCCGGACCCAGCAUCACCCACACCCCCUCCCCAUGAAGAGUCUCAAACGAUCACUCCCCCAGCAGUUCUGUCCCCAAAGCUCUGCGGCCCUGUCCCCACCAGGAAGGGACACUGGGCAGCCAUCUGAAAUAAAACCCCUCCAGCCCCAAG